AUGGGAUCUCCGGUCGCAAGAAAGGCGAUACUUGGCGGUAGAUGCAUGGAUACUGGUGAGCGGCUUGGACCCCCUCUUAGUGCCGCUAUCGAAUGUACGAUUCGUGCUUCGCGUUGCCUG